AUGGCCACAAUAGCGCGAAAGGGAUUCGCAGACCGUCUCACCUCCACUGGGCUGAAAGUAAACUCGCUCUCCGAAGGUCGUCACUCCUUCUUUGUUGAGGUACUGGAAAAAGUUCGUCAUAUCUUGGGACCAACUAUCGAAACUAUCCAAUCCGACAGCGAAGAGACAACCAAAGCGGACAUCAAACCUGACGGAUUGGCAAAGAAUAUCUUUAGCGUUUUGGAAGUGUACCACACGUCCACAGAGUUCCAAAAUGCUCCAGAUGCUGUUCCAACGCCUGCCACCGAGGUCAAAUAUGUGGCAGAACAGGAAGACACCUUCAUGGAUGUCAUUUUUGCAUUUACGGCACUUUUGGAUGACUAUCAUCGCCUCAGGAUCGAGAUCAAGUCUCUAUGGGCCGACUACGUUUCUGGAAGCCUUGAUCUUGCAGCUGUUUCUGUUGCGACCAACGUGGCCUUUGAAAUGGCCCGCAAUAUGGAAGAGGAAAUAGAUUCACUUCUCAGCAAAGAAGGAGGCGGUGGGCUUGUUGCUAAUCGAUACUUUGCGGCCCUAUGCACGGCCUUUGGCAUCGAAAUGAACGCUAAGAAGCAGCCGAAGGACCCUUACAACCUAGAUGCAUACGAUUUGGCAGACAUGUGCCUGAUGAACAGCCUCACACUGCUGGUUAGUUACCUACAAUCCACUGACCCAUCUGAAAUGUAUCUCCAAUCCUACAACGGCAGCUUUGGCUGGUACGAUGAAACAGUGGGCGACUCUGCGCAAACGCGUCGACAAAAAUGGAACCAAGAUAUGACGGCAAUGCUUGAGUUCAUGCCGGACGUGAGCUUUCUGGCUUCGAAACUUGACCGUACGACUGUAGUGGAUGAGAUUACCCGCGGAAUGGCAUACUUAGCGAACAACACCACACAAGACCCGCCAUUCUGGUUAGCUUGGGCUACUCAAAUCUACGUGGAUAUUUUGCAGUUUCUUGGCCCAGACUGUGAUUGUGGGUAUCGGGAAAUGCAACAAGAAAGUCUCAACAUUAAGCAUUCUAUGCUCGAUAUUGCUGCUUCAUCCAAAGAACGGUCCAAAGUUCUCCAUGCUGCCUGCAUGUGGGACAAUGACCCAAUUUGGAUGUCUCGUAAACUCAUGUCCGACCUCGGUUUGUUUCCAAACGCGAUUGCACCACCCUUCAAGUUUCUCCGUCGGAACCCUCUCUAUUGUGGCCUUUUAAUACACAACAUGCGUUCAAAUCUACACUCUGCCGGUGGGCCGUUUGCUGCGACGCCUGGAGCGCUUCUGGGGGUAACGCAGCUGUAUCAUGCACUUCGACAGGAGAAGUUGCUAGCCGAGGAUCUCGAAUGGGAAGACUUGGAGACGCUGCGGAAACUGCAGGGCAAUCCGUCAUUCUUUGUUGGCGACCUACCGACAAAUCGCGAAGCUUACUUCAAGAACUACUGCCUUAGCAUUGGAACAUCUGUUACCAACUGGGCGCCCAACAGACGGAAAAGCAAACUCAAAAUAAACAGCGCCAACAGACGGAAUUUGAAGUAUACGGGAUACGUAUCUCUAUCAACCAACCAUCGUCUUGAACACCCUGGGGCACGUCAGCCGUGGUCGCCAUCCGCGGUCGAGGCGAUUUUGAUUGAGGGUGUUCGCAAGCAGUAUACGGAUAGCAGAGAGCAUUUCCAAACUGAGUUUAAGGAUGUCGUGGAAAAAGAAAGCCUUGAACUUGCCAAGCUUCUCCCUCCCGGGAUCAUACGGAAGCUUGCGUUGGCUAUACAAAACGAAAUUCCGGGAAUCUCUUUUAAUUAUUUCACCAUGCACACCGAGGCAUGGAAUUUGCUCCGAAGGCUAGAAGAAGGCUUUUCCCAAGUCCUCGGUCCGAAUGUUCUGUCAAAAAAUCCAGAUGAUUUGCCAUUCGCGGCCGGCAUUGUUCUUGCAACUGCUGCAGGUCAGAUGAGUCCUCAAGGGGACAAAAAAGUAGAGAAGUCGGAUGUAUUAAUGCAUGUUGCCGCGGAUGCCUUGCAACAGUUUCUUCGGGAGGGACAAGGAAGUGUUAUAAAAGAGGCUUCGGCUAAAAAUGUUCGGCCAGAGGAUGUGGAGAGCCUCAAAUUUGGGGGCAGUGAUCCAUGGGGAAUUGACAAGCUCAAACAGGUUUAUCGUUAUCUUUAG